GGUCUUCUUGAUAUGGAGCAGCUAUCGGUUACUAAAGUGAACUGAAGACAAUAAUUAAAAUUACUAAGUUAAUAUUAAAUUGAGAAAUAACAAUGAACUAAGAGAAUUUAGUAUAAUUUUAGUGAAUUGUUGCUUUUUUAGUGAAAUAUAGUGGAUAUUUUGUGAUAAAUUUAUUGGAAUCUCAACAUGUUUAAGUAAGCUAUAACUUUUAAAAAAUGGCGCAAUUCGUCACCCACAUCCAACCAACUUUGGUGGAAUCUUCCCACCAUCACGUUCCACAUGUACAUCAUCACAAAGAACAUCAUAAAGAACACCAUAAAGAUCAUCAUCACCACGGAAAAGAACAUGGUAAGGAUCACGGAAAAGAUAAAGAGCAUCAUCUAUCAAAAAGUCCUCAUAAAUCAGAGCACCAUUCCCAUGAAUAUUACUUAUCAAGUCAUCACCGAGAAUUUCCGGUACUUCCACAAGUUCCUGGUGACCAUCACCACGAGGAUCAUCACCAUCACAUUAAUGGAGGAAAUAAGAGAGACUCUGAAAAUUACGAGCAUAGUAACAGCAGCGGAUCUAGUAAAAGAGAUUCCGGGCAUUAUUUAGAUUCGCACGGUAUUUCCCAUGAAUUCGAAUUGCAUUUUAUCGAUUCUCAAGGUAUUCAUAGGGAUUUUCACGGUCAUGGAAUUGAUGAAGAUCAUCACAUUAUGGAGAAGGAUAAACAUCAUAAGAGGAGCGAUAAAUCGCCUUACCGGGAAGAAGGUAGCAGACCUACGCCUCCUCAAUUUAUCAAUAUUCAACCAGUACAUCUGGAGAACAAGUUACAGUCUGACGGAAAUACGUCUUUCCUGCGUGCAGCACGAAAUGGCCAACUCGAUAAGGUCCUAGAACAUCUAAAAUCGAAUAUUGACAUUAACACAAGUAACUCUAACGGCUUGAAUGCUCUUCAUCUAGCUUCCAAAGACGGUCACGUCACCAUCGUCGAAGAAUUACUUAAACGAGGUGCUGUCGUCGAUGCGGCUACAAAAAAAGGCAACACAGCUUUACAUAUAGCUUCAUUGGCUGGUCAAGAAGAAGUUGUUAAAUUGUUAGUUCAGCAUGGUGCCUCCGUUAACGUACAAAGUCAAAAUGGUUUCACACCUCUAUACAUGGCCGCCCAAGAAAACCACGACAACGUUGUUAAAUACCUAUUGGCCAAUGGAGCGAAUCAAAGUUUAUCUACAGAGGAUGGAUUCACACCAUUGGCGGUGGCUAUGCAACAAGGCCACGAUAAGGUGGUAACAGUUCUAUUAGAAAAUGAUACAAGGGGUAAAAUAAGACUACCAGCAUUGCAUAUAGCAGCUAAAAAAGAUGACGUCAAAGCAGCAAAGCUACUCUUAGAGAACGAACACAAUCCAGAUGUAACAUCAAAAUCUGGUUUCACGCCUCUCCACAUAGCUUCACAUUACGGAAAUCAACAAAUAGCCAAUCUUUUGAUUCAAAAGGGCGCCGACGUCAAUUAUGCAGCUAAACAUAAUAUUACUCCUCUUCACGUAGCUGCUAAAUGGGGUAAAAGCAACAUGGUGGCAUUACUUUUAGAACACGCAGCCACAAUAGAUGCUAAAACAAGAGAUGGUUUAACUCCAUUACAUUGUGCGGCAAGAAGUGGACACGAACAAGUCGUAGAUAUGUUACUAGAACGAGGGGCACCAAUUAGUUCAAAAACGAAGAACGGAUUAGCACCACUUCAUAUGUCAGCUCAAGGUGAUCACGUUGACGCUGCGCGCAUUCUUCUUUAUCAUCGAGCACCAGUAGACGAAGUAACAGUUGAUUAUCUCACUGCCCUUCACGUGGCGGCUCAUUGCGGUCACGUGCGUGUUGCAAAGCUGCUUUUAGAUAGACAGGCCGACGCGAACGCGCGUGCGCUCAAUGGCUUUACACCGUUACACAUAGCUUGUAAGAAAAAUCGAAUAAAAGUAGUGGAGCUGCUACUCAAGCAUGGAGCAAGUAUCGGCGCCACCACAGAAAGUGGUUUAACUCCACUCCACGUAGCUAGUUUUAUGGGUUGUAUGAAUAUUGUUAUCUACUUACUCCAGCAUGAUGCUAACCCUGAUGUUCCAACCGUAAGGGGCGAAACGCCGCUACAUUUAGCAGCUAGAGCCAAUCAAACUGACAUCAUAAGGAUUCUACUUCGAAAUGGUUCUCAGGUUGACGCUAGAGCCAGAGAGCAGCAAACACCUCUUCACAUAGCUUCCCGUUUAGGAAACGUUGACAUCGUUAUGCUACUUCUUCAACAUGGGGCUAAAGUUGAUAAUACUACCAAAGAUAUGUACACUUCACUUCACAUAGCAGCUAAAGAAGGACAAGACGAGGUUGCAGGAGUUCUACUAGAAAACGGGGCAUCGUUAGACGCCACUACCAAGAAAGGUUUCUCUCCUCUACAUUUAGCUGCUAAAUACGGACACCUCAAAGUUGCUAAACUACUCCUCCAAAAAGAAGCUCCUGUAGAUGCUCAAGGUAAAAAUGGGGUAACUCCACUCCAUGUAGCUUCUCACUAUGAUCACCAAAACGUCGCCCUAUUGCUAUUAGACAAGGGUGCUUCUCCACAUGCUGCUGCUAAAAACGGUCACACUCCUCUACAUAUAGCAGCACGAAAGAAUCAGAUGGACAUUGCAAAUACUCUCUUAGAAUACGGAGCCAAACCCAAUGCAGAAAGUAAAGCAGGAUUUACUCCACUACAUCUCAGUGCUCAAGAAGGACAUGCUGAUAUGUCUGCGCUACUUUUGGAACAUAAAGGAGAUGCUAAUUAUGAAGCAAAGAAUGGUUUGACCCCUCUUCAUCUCUGCGCCCAAGAAGAUAGGGUACCAGUAGCGGAAGUACUAGUGAAAAAUGGCGCGAAUGUAAAUUGUGCUACUAAAGGUGGCUAUACCCCACUUCAUAUAGCCAGCCAUUACGGUCAAGUAAACAUGGUGAAGUUCCUUCUCAAAAAUGGUGCUGAUAUCGAAUCGAAGACGUCUCUGAAUUAUACACCGCUUCAUCAAGCAGCGCAGCAAGGUCAUGCGACCAUCGUUAACAUUCUUUUAGAGCAUAAUGCUGAUCCCAAUGCAGUUACAAUGAAUGGACAGACUCCAUUGAACAUCGCCCAAAAAUUAGGGUAUAUCACUGUGAUCGAAACCCUGAAAGUUGUAACAACAGUAACCAAUAUUACAACUACUACAACUAUCAAUAUCGAAGAAAAAUAUAAAGUACAAGCCCCAGAGCUGAUGCACGAGACAUUUAUGUCGGAUUCUGAAGAAGAAGGUGGGGAGGAUGUUUUGGAGAUAUUCGGUGGUACUGCGCCACACGAACGCCACGUCUAUCUGCCAUAUUUCUGCGGUACUUCAGUUGUAAAUCGUGAGGAUACCGUUCUAGGUGAUCACACAUACAGAUACCUCACUGCAGAUGAAAUGAAAUCAUUGGGAGAUGAUUCUCUUCCCAUCGACGUCACUAGGGACGAAAGAAUAGACUCCAACAGAAUGGUUUCUAGUUCUGAUUCUAUGCCUCCACUCAUUAUAGAAGAUACUGUUAGUCCUGAACACAUUACUCAGAAUUAUGUGGAGUACAUGAAAAAAUAUGCACCAGAUAAUGUUGAUAUUAACAAGCUUCCAAUAAAUAUAGGGAAACUACACUGGAAAAAUUUUCUGGUUUCGUUUCUGGUUGAUGCUCGCGGAGGUGCAAUGCGUGGUUGCCGACAUUCGGGCGUGCGAGUGAUAGUACCACCAAGGUGCGCCCCAAGCCCCACAAGAAUAACAUGCAGAUAUGUGAGGCCUCAAAGAACGCCUCAUCCGCCGCCGCUGAUGGAAGGAGAAGCGCUGGCGAGCAGAGUUUUAGAAUUGGGGCCUGUGGGCGCCAGAUUUUUAGGGCCAGUAAUUAUAGAAGUACCUCACUUUGCUGCUCUGCGCGGCAAAGAACGCGAAAUUGUGAUACUUCGAUCUGACAAUGGAGAGUCAUGGAAAGAACAUUCGGUGGAUGCUAGCGAAGAAAUCCUAAAUCAAGUCUUACACGACAGUUUCGAAGCAGAUGAUUUGAGUCAAUUGGAAGAUGUAUCUUCGGGAAGAAUAACAAGGAUAGUGACUCAAGAUUUUCCGCAAUAUUUCGCGGUGGUUUCAAGAGUAAGACAAGAAGUACACGCCAUAGGCCCAGAAGGUGGUAUGGUGUCAAGCACGGUAGUGCCUCAAGUUCAAGCAGUCUUCCCAGAAGGAGCUCUUACAAAGAAAAUUAAAGUUGGCCUUCAGGCUCAACCAAUAGAUCCUGAACUAACGGCAAAACUUCUCGGACAUGGCGUAGCUGUUUCUCCAGUUGUAACGGUGGAACCGAGAAGAAGGAAAUUCCACAAAGCCAUCACAUUAAGUAUGCCUGCUCCUCGUGCUCAUUCUCAAGGGAUGAUAAAUCAAUAUUCUGGAUCUGCUCCCACAUUGAGACUUCUAUGUUCAAUAACCGGUGGAACAACAAGAGCGCAGUGGGAAGACGUAACUGGAUCCACACCCUUAACAUUCGUCAAUGAUUGCGUAUCCUUUACAACAACCGUAUCAGCUAGAUUUUGGCUGAUGGAUUGUAGAAACAUAGGAGAUGCCACGAAAAUGGCAACAGAAUUAUAUAAGGAAGCCAUACACGUACCGUUUAUGGCUAAAUUCGUCGUAUUUGCGAAACGAGUUGAUCCUUUGGAGGCAAGACUGAGAGUAUUUUGCAUGACCGAUGAUAAAGAGGAUAAGACUUUAGAACAUCAGGAACAUUUCACUGAAGUAGCAAAGAGUAGAGACGUAGAAGUGUUAGAAGGUAAACAACAGUAUGUAGAAUUCGCUGGAAAUUUGGUGCCUAUCACGAAGAGCGGUGAACAAUUAUCAUUUUCCUUCAGAGCGUUCAAAGAGAAUAGACUCCCGUUUUCUGUUAGGGUUAAAGAUCAACACGCCGAGGCUGUCAGUAGGUGUUUAUUCAUGAAAGAACCAAAAGUACCGAAAGGUGAGCCGCCACAACAACCGAUUUGCAUUCUCAACAUAGUCCUACCAGAAGAUAUAGUAACAGAUACUAUAUCCCUUACUGAUAGCGACUCAGUUAAACACUACAGGUUCUUAUCUGAAAACUUCGACUACUACAGACCUGACCCCAGACUGGCAGACAUGAGCAAUUUAUUAGGUGAAGAUUGGGUAUCUUUAGCUAACCAACUUGGACUUACCACAUCAGAGAUCAAUGUAAUCAAAUCAGAGUAUCCUGAUAGUGUAGCUAAACAGGCGCAAAGCAUGUUGAGAAUGUGGUUGUCACAAACCGGCAACAAAGCACAGACGAACACAUUAGAGAACGCCCUUAAGAGAAUAGGAAGAGAGGACAUAAUACCUCAGUGCCUAAAUGUUGACCAAGGAGGUCAAACAAUCACUAGGAUAAAACAAGAGGAGAUAGGAAAAUAUAGACUGAAAAAAGAAGUAGAUAGUAUAGACAAAGAAAAAGGUGCUGUGAAAGAUGACGUUGCCCCAAGGGCAGUAGUUGACAUUCAAGAAGUUAAGCGGUUUGGCAUUAAAGAUAAAUAUUCAGCUGAAGAAAAAGUGUUUGUUAAAUCUGACGAAGACGAAGAAGAAGAGCAAUUCGAUAAACCAGUAGCAGAGCGAAGAGAGAAAAUAGUAAAACGUCUCUCGGCCGAAAGAACAAUUCCAGCGUCUUCGCAACGCCGCGAAAUAGUUCAAGAAAUAACAACAAUUAAAGAACAAAACCUCGUCGAAGACAAAAUAGCAGAAGUGCUAGGAAGAGAAAAAACCACAGACGAUAUCACCACAAAAACGAUAACAAAAACAAUAGUAACGCCGGAGAUAAAGACGGUUUCUAAAACAGUUGGAAUAAAAACCACACCACCAUCUGAAUCAACAGUUUCGGAACCAACUUUGUCUCCAGAGCAAACGCAAGUUGGCAAAGCCACUGUAGUUACAGAUACACGCACAAUCCAACUCGAAGAACCGCACAAGCUGUCGGAAGACGCGGAACUACUGGAGAAGGUGACGCAGAGUUUCGAGAAGAAGAAGCCGAUACCAAAGUUGAUCGCUGAUGAAGAUCCCAAAUCACCAAAAUUCUCGAAGACACCACCUCCUAGUCCAGCUGAUUUUAUAACAAGAGAGCAGGUUGCCUCAGUACAAGAAUGGGAAACCACAAGACAGCCGCUUAACUUGGAGCCAACAGCUCCACCAAUAGCCAAGGACGCAGCACAGCAAGGAAUACCGAAUAUAACUCGUACCGAAGACCGACCGUUCGUUAAUAAAAAAUCGCUUUACGAUUUAACUAAUGCUCUAAUUCAAUCUGAGUCACGCGCCGAACCUUAUCAUACCCACACAGAAAAAUAUUAUAAACACGAUCUAGAAAAACCGCUCGCCGACGAUGAUUCAAUUCCUAAAGAUGAUAAAAAACGAAAAAGAGGUAUUUUUGGCACUCUCAAAAAUUUCGUUAGUAAAUCCAUCGAUUCCGAUUCCGAUUCCGAAAAAUCAUCCCCUAAAAAAGAUAAAAAGAAGAAAGAUAAAAAGAAGACGUCAGUUGAUGCUCCUCCUGUACCACCACCGAGAAAACCCAAACUUCCAACUCCUCCAAUAGAUUCCAAAUACGAUGAUAUUCCAUAUUUCGAAACAACUCCGACAGAAACACCCGAACACACUAUCAGAGUUACUAAAUCUUACAAACCUUCGUCUCCAACACCAGUUACAGAUUCAGAUGAUUUACUCACAGAAGUACCAGUCAACAUAACUCACAAAGCUAAAGAAAUUGUUCACGCAGUACUAACAGAUGGAGAGCAGAAAGCUAGAGAUAGACGAUCGAAAUCACCGAAAAAGCAAAAAACUGUAAUUCUCGAGGAGAAAGUUAUUAAAACUUUCUCUCCAUUAACUGUCGAAGGAGAAGAAUUUACAAUAACCAUAGAUCCUACGAAAAAGGAUUCCCCAAAGAAAACAAGGGAAAUAUUCACUCUAAAUAUUGACGAAACAGAUGCCCAAAUCGAAAAAGAAAUAUUAGAAAAGUCUCCAAUCUUACCCGAAGAUAGUUUGAUUAAACCGUUCGUACACAUACAAGAAGAACCCUCUAGACCCAUAAGAAGUCAUGUAUAUGAAGAUAUAUUAGAACCACAACUAUGUUUAUACCCCGUUAGAAGAUUUGAUUCAGCUGAAAUUAAAAAGCUUACUAAUGAUUUAAUCCAAAAUGAAAUGUGUUUUACUGGAUGGGCUGAUGAUAAACACAAUAUAUUCAAACCACUUUCUAUUCCACCUGAAGAACUAGAAGAUAAAGAAAUUAAUAGUAAGAUAACAGACAGUCAAAAAUUGAAACGCAAACAUAAUGCUAAACUCUUUGGUAUAUUUGGAAAAAUUUCUAAGGACGAUUCUGAUGAUGAUAGUAGUAGAAAAGAAGUAAUCGAAAAACAAGAUAAAGAAACAUCUAAGGAAAUCCUUAUCACGUCCGAAACAGUACAAGAAGAUUCAUCAAAAUCUACUAAAGUUAAGAGAACUAAAAGUAAAUCUAAGGAUGACAAAAAAUUCUUGGGAUUAUUUAAAAUAAGCAAAGCUGAAGAAAAGAAAACUGCUUUUUCAGAUACUGUUAUCAAAAAUAUGAUUGAAUCUACCGCUUUUCUCAAAGAAGAAGUUGACAAAUAUCACGACGUUAGACCAGUAGAAAAUAUAAAUCGACAAAACGGGACUAUUCUAACUGAGCCAGUUUUUAAAGAAGAACAUAUUAUUGAAAAGAAAGAUUCUAUCAAAAAAAGCAAGCCUAAAAUUAUACUUACCGCUAACGCUACUGAAAAUAUACAAGACGAAACUAAUGACAUGAAACAGAAAAGAGAAAGUAGUCCUUCCAAGAUAAUUACAACAAUUGAAGAAUCUAAGAAAACAAUUAAGAGGACAGAAUUAAAAAUUGAACCAGUUGUUCCCGAUACAAUUUCGAAAGUACCUACAGAAAAACUGGAAAAUAAAGAUGAACCACAAACUAAAUUUAAAGAAACAACAAAUAAAACAGUUGAAUAUUUAGCAGACAGUAACGAGUUUUUGAUAAAUAAAAAAGAAGAAAUCAAAAACACUUAUGAUGUUACAGAUUUGGUAGCUCAUGAAAAACCAAUAGUUGAAGAAAACAUUGAAAUUACAGAAACGGUUAAAGAACCAAAAAAAGCAGAUGAAUCUUCUAAGAAAUCUAAAACCAAAGGAGAAAAAGGUGGCUUCUUUGGUAAAUUUAAGAAAAAAGAAACAUCUGUCGAUAGAGACAAUACAAAUGAAACAGUUACCUUAUCGGCAAGUGUUGUGAAAGAUAUGUCUGACAGUGAUACUUUCUUAAAAGAUGAAAUUAAGAAAUAUCAUGAUGUUCGUCCUGUAGUAACGACUCGACAAUCCGAAUUCGACGACCCAAAACCAAACAUAAUACCCAGAAAAUCCAAAAGUAAACAAGGAAAGAUUGAUGCAAUUUUAGAUAUAAACAAAAAGGAAGAUGAAAGUAAACCAUCUCCAGCAACUAUUAGGAUAGAAACUAGUGAUGCUGGUCAUUCGAAACUUAUUGCAAUAGAAGCGGAACCUAUUGAAUAUAACACAACAAAAAUUGUGGAAUUAACGGAAGAAAAGUCGCCUAAGAAAUCAAAAGACAAAGACGUUGGAAACAUAUUUGGAAUAUUCAAAAAGAAAACAGGGUCUUUGGAAAGAGGUACUAAAAUUGAAACUGUUACUGAAAAAGGAAAACCUGCACUUUCUUCCAUUGUUAUUAAGAAUAUAGAUGACACUAAAUCAUUUUUGAAAGAUGAAAUUGAUAGAUACCAUGAUGUAAGACCCAUUAUACAACAGCCUAUUAUAGAAGAACAUGUUAAAGUAGAUGUUAGAAUAAAAGCUCUGAAUAAGGAUCAAGGUGCAGAAAAAUCACAUAAAACAUCUAAAGACAAUUCAAAAAAAGAUACUGGAAACAUCUUUGGAGUAUUCAAGAAAAAAUCCGGAUCGUCAGAAAGAGGUGUUAUUGUGGAAACGGUGGAAGAAAAACCUGCGCUUUCCAUAAAUGUUGUCAAAGAUAUGAAAGAUACUCACACAUUUUUAAGUAAUGAGAUAAAUAUUUAUAAUGACGUUAGACCUUUGGUACAGAAACCUAUACAAGAGGAAUAUAUCAAAAUUGAUGUAAAAGCAGCACCAGCAACUGAGCAGCCUGCUGAAAAAGUAGAAAAAAAGUUUAAAGAAAAAUCAGAAAAAGAUAGUAUAUUUACGAAAAUAAAAAAGAAAGCAGGAACUUUAGAGAGAAAUGUUAUGACAGAAACCGUAAAAACUAAACCUAAGCUUUCGACAACUGUGAUUAAAGAUAUCAAUGAUACUAAUACAUUUUUAAAAGAAGAGAUAAAUAUUUACCAUGAUGUUAGACCUGUGGUAAAGGAGCCCGUACAAGAAGAACAUACUAAAGUAGACGUCAGAGAGGUGCCAGUAAUCGAGGAGACUACAGAAAAAGAAGCUAAAAAAUCUAGGAAACAACCAGAAAAAGACGGUGUCAGCUUUUUCGGAAUAUUUAAAAAGAAAACUGGAUCAUUGGAAAGAGGUGUUACCGUUGGAACUAUUUCUUCACAAAGUGAGCCCGCUCAUUCAAUCACUGUUAUUAAAGAUAUGAAUGACACUGACACAUUCCUGAAGGAGGAAAUUGAUAGGUACCAUGAUGUGAAACCUAUCGUGAAGCCAUAUCGUGAAGUUGAAGAAGAAAGAGUAAUCGUAGGAGACAGUGGAAACGUCACGAUAAAAAAGAAAACUCCAGAAAAGUCGAAAGACAAACGUGAAAAAGAAGGAAAAGUGGUGUUUGGCAUAUUCGGAAAGAAAGAAGAACCAGUUAAGAGUGAUAUCAAGAAAGAAACAGCGGUUUCACAAGAAAAACCUGCUCUCUCAGCCACCGUUAUAGAAGACAUGAAAAAAACUGACACAUUCUUGAAGGACGAAAUUGAUAAAUACCACGAUGUCAGACCUAUAGUCACGCAAAAGGUUCUAGAAGAAGAAAUCAUCGUACAUGAUAGCACGUCUGUCGCAACCACAGAACAAACUCCAGAAAAAUCUCCAGAAAAGUCGAAAGAGAAACGUGAAAAAGAAGGAAAAGGAGUGUUUGGCAUAUUCGGAAAGAAAGAAAAACCAGUUAAGAGUGAUAUCAAGAAAGAAACAGCGGUUUCACAAGGAAAACCUGCUCUUUCAGCCACCGUUAUAGAAGACAUGAACAAAACUGACACAUUCUUGAAGGACGAAAUUGAUAAAUACCACGAUGUCAGACCUAUAGUAACGCAAAAGGUUCUAGAAGAAGAAAUCAUCGUACAUGAUAGCACGUCUGUCGCAACCACACAACAAACUCCAGAGAAGUAUCCGGAAAAGUCGAAAGAGAAACGUGAAAAAGAAGGAAAAGGGGUGUUUGGCAUAUUUGGAAAGAAAGAAAAACCAGAUAAAAGUGAUAUCAAGAAAGAAACAGCGGUUUCACAAGAAAAACCUGCUCUCUUAGCCACCGUUAUAGAAGAUAUGAACAAAACUGACACAUUCUUGAAGGACGAAAUUGAUAAAUACCACGAUGUCAGACCUAUAGUCACGCAAAAGGUUCUAGAAGAAGAAAUCAUCGUACAUGAUAGCACGUCUGUCGCAACCACAGAACAAACUCCAGAAAAAUCUCCAGAAAAGUCGAAAGAGAAACGUGAAAAAGAAGGAAAAGGAGUGUUUGGCAUAUUCGGAAAGAAAGAAAAACCAGUUAAGAGUGAUAUCAAGAAAGAAACAGCGGUUUCACAAGGAAAACCUGCUCUUUCAGCCACCGUUAUAGAAGACAUGAACAAAACUGACACAUUCUUGAAGGACGAAAUUGAUAAAUACCACGAUGUCAGACCUAUAGUCACGCAAAAGGUUCUAGAAGAAGAAAUCAUCGUACAUGAUAGCACGUCUGUCGCAACCACAAAACAAACUCCAGAAAAAUCUCCAGAAAAGUCGAAAGAGAAACGUGAAAAAGAAGGAAAAGGAGUGUUUGGCAUAUUCGGAAAGAAAGAAAAACCAGUUAAGAGUGAUAUCAAGAAAGAAACAGCGGUUUCACAAGGAAAACCUGCUCUUUCAGCCACCGUUAUAGAAGACAUGAACAAAACUGACACAUUCUUGAAGGACGAAAUUGAUAAAUACAACGAUGUCAGACCUAUAGUCACGCAAAAGGUUCUAGAAGAAGAAAUCAUCGUACAUGAUAGCAAAUCUGUCGCAACCACACAACAAACUCCAGAGAAGUAUCCGGAAAAGUCGAAAGAGAAACGUGAAAAAGAAGGAAAAGGGGUGUUUGGCAUAUUUGGAAAGAAAGAAAAACCAGAUAAAAGUGAUAUCAAGAAAGAAACAGCGGUUUCACAAGAAAAACCUGCUCUCUUAGCCACCGUUAUAGAAGAUAUGAACAAAACUGACACAUUCUUGAAGGACGAAAUUGAUAAAUACCACGAUGUCAGACCUAUAGUCACGCAGAAGGUUUCAGAAGAAGAAAUCAUCGUACACGAUAGCAAAUCUGUCGCAACCACAGAACAAACUCCAGAAAAGUCACCGGAAAAGUCGAAAGAGAAACGUGAAAAAGAAGGAAAAGGGGUGUUUGGCAUAUUCGGAAAGAAAGAAAAACCAGUUAAGAGUGAUAUCAAGAAAAAAACAGCGGUUUCACAAGGAAAACCUGCUCUUUCAGCCACCGUUAUAGAAGACAUGAACAAAACUGACACAUUCUUGAAGGACGAAAUUGAUAAAUACCACGAUGUCAGACCUAUAGUCACGCAAAAGGUUCUAGAAGAAGAAAUCAUCGUACAUGAUAGCAAAUCUGUCGCAACCACACAACAAACUCCAGAAAAGUCGCCGGAAAAGUCGAAAGAGAAACGUGAAAAAGAAGGAAAAGGAGUGUUUGGCAUAUUCGGAAAGAAAGAAAAACCAGUUAAGAGUGAUAUCAAGAAAGAAACAGCGGUUUCACAAGGAAAACCUGCUCUUUCAGCCACCGUUAUAGAAGACAUGAACAAAACUGACACAUUCUUGAAGGACGAAAUUGAUAAAUACCACGAUGUCAGACCUAUAGUCACGCAAAAGGUUCUAGAAGAAGAAAUCAUCGUACAUGAUAGCAAAUCUGUCGCAACCACACAACAAACUCCAGAGAAGUAUCCGGAAAAGUCGAAAGAGAAACGUGAAAAAGAAGGAAAAGGGGUGUUUGGCAUAUUUGGAAAGAAAGAAAAACCAGAUAAAAGUGAUAUCAAGAAAGAAACAGCGGUUUCACAAGACAAACCUGCUCUUUCAGCCACCGUUAUAGAAGACAUGAACAAAACUGACACAUUCUUGAAGGACGAAAUUGAUAAAUACCACGAUGUCAGACCUAUAGUCACGCAAAAGGUUCUAGAAGAAGAAAUCAUCGUACACGAUAGCAAAUCUGUCGCAACCACAGAACAAACUCCAGAAAAGUCACCGGAAAAGUCGAAAGAGAAACGUGAAAAAGAAGGAAAAGGGGUGUUUGGCAUAUUCGGAAAUAAAGAAAAACCAGUUAAGAUCGAUAUCAAGAAAGAAACAGCGGUUGCACAAGACAAACCUGCUCUCUCUUCCACCGUUAUAGAAGACAUGAACACAACUGACACAUUCUUGAAGGACGAAAUUGAUAAAUAUCACGAUGUCAGACCUAUAGUCACGCAAAAGGUUCUAGAAGAAGAAAUCAUCGUACACGAUAGCAAAUCUGUCGCAACCACAGAACAAACUCCAGAAAAGUCACCGGAAAAGUCGAAAGAGAAACGUGAAAAAGAAGGAAAAGGAGUGUUUGGCAUAUUCGGAAAGAAAGAAAAACCAGUUAAGAGUGAUAUCAAGAAAGAAACAGCGGUUUCACAAGGAAAACCUGCUCUUUCAGCCACCGUUAUAGAAGACAUGAACAAAACUGACACAUUCUUGAAGGACGAAAUUGAUAAAUACCACGAUGUCAGACCUAUAGUCACGCAAAAGGUUCUAGAAGAAGAAAUCAUCGUACAUGAUAGCAAAUCUGUCGCAACCACACAACAAACUCCAGAGAAGUAUCCGGAAAAGUCGAAAGAGAAACGUGAAAAAGAAGGAAAAGGGGUGUUUGGCAUAUUUGGAAAGAAAGAAAAACCAGAUAAAAGUGAUAUCAAGAAAGAAACAGCGGUUUCACAAGACAAACCUGCUCUUUCAGCCACCGUUAUAGAAGACAUGAACAAAACUGACACAUUCUUGAAGGACGAAAUUGAUAAAUACCACGAUGUCAGACCUAUAGUCACGCAAAAGGUUCUAGAAGAAGAAAUCAUCGUACACGAUAGCAAAUCUGUCGCAACCACAGAACAAACUCCAGAAAAGUCACCGGAAAAGUCGAAAGAGAAACGUGAAAAAGAAGGAAAAGGAGUGUUUGGCAUAUUCGGAAAGAAAGAAAAACCAGUUAAGAGUGAUAUCAAGAAAGAAACAGCGAUUUCACAAGGAAAACCUGCUCUUUCAGCCACCGUUAUAGAAGACAUGAACAAAACUGACACAUUCUUGAAGGACGAAAUUGAUAAAUACCACGAUGUCAGACCUAUAGUCACGCAAAAGGUUCUAGAAGAAGAAAUCAUCGUACACGAUAGCAAAUCCGUCGCAAUCACAGAACAAACUCCAGAGAAGUCGCCGGAAAAGUCGAAAGAGAAACGUGAAAAAGAAGGAAAAGGAGUGUUUGGCAUAUUCGGAAAGAAAGAAAAACCAGUUAGGAGUGAUAUUAAGAAAGAAACAGCGGUUUCACAAGAAAAACCUGCUCUCUUAGCCACCGUUAUAGAAGAUAUGAACAAAACUGACACAUUCUUGAAGGACGAAAUUGAUAAAUACCACGAUGUCAGACCUAUAGUCACGCAGAAGGUUUUAGAAGAAGAAAUCAUCGUACACGAUAGCAAAUCUGUCGCAACCACAGAACAAACUCCAGAAAAGUCACCGGAAAAGUCGAAAGAGAAACGUGAAAAAGAAGGAAAAGGGGUGUUUGGCAUAUUCGGAAAUAAAGAAAAACCAGUUAAGAUCGAUAUCAAGAAAGAAACAGCGGUUGCACAAGAAAAACCUUCUCUCUCUUCCACCGUUAUAGAAGACAUGAACAAAAUUGACACAUUCUUGAAGGACGAAAUUGAUAAAUACCACGAUGUCAGACCUAUAGUCACGCAAAAGGUUCUAGAAGAAGAAAUCAUCGUACACGAUAGCAAAUCCGUCGCAAUCACAGAACAAACUCCAGAGAAGUCGCCGGAAAAGUCGAAAGAGAAACGUGAAAAAGAAGGAAAAGGAGUGUUUGGCAUAUUCGGAAAGAAAGAAAAACCAGUUAGGAGUGAUAUUAAGAAAGAAACAGCGGUUUCACAAGAAAAACCUGCUCUCUUAGCCACCGUUAUAGAAGAUAUGAACAAAACUGACACAUUCUUGAAGGACGAAAUUGAUAAAUACCACGAUGUCAGACCUAUAGUCACGCAGAAGGUUUUAGAAGAAGAAAUCAUCGUACACGAUAGCAAAUCUGUCGCAACCACAGAACAAACUCCAGAAAAGUCACCGGAAAAGUCGAAAGAGAAACGUGAAAAAGAAGGAAAAGGGGUGUUUGGCAUAUUCGGAAAUAAAGAAAAACCAGUUAAGAUCGAUAUCAAGAAAGAAACAGCGGUUGCACAAGAAAAACCUGCUCUCUCUUCCACCGUUAUAGAAGACAUGAACACAACUGACACAUUCUUGAAGGACGAAAUUGAUAAAUAUCACGAUGUCAGACCUAUAGUCACGCAAAAGGUUCUAGAAGGAGAAAUCAUCGUACAUGAUAGCAAAUCUGUCGCAACCACAGAACAAACUCCAGAGAAGUCGCCGGAAAAGUCGAAAGAGAAACGUGAAAAAGAAGGAAAAGGAGUGUUUGGCAUAUUCGGAAAGAAAGAAAAACCAGUUAAGAGUGAUAUCAAGAAAGAAACAGCGGUUUCACAAGAAAAACCUGCUCUCUUAGCCACCGUUAUAGAAGAUAUGAACAAAACUGACACAUUCUUGAAGGACGAAAUUGAUAAAUACCACGAUGUCAGACCUAUAGUCACGCAGAAGGUUUUAGAAGAAGAAAUCAUCGUACACGAUAGCAAAUCUGUCGCAACCACAGAACAAACUCCAGAAAAGUCACCGGAAAAGUCGAAAGAGAAACGUGAAAAAGAAGGAAAAGGGGUGUUUGGCAUAUUCGGAAAUAAAGAAAAACCAGUUAAGAUCGAUAUCAAGAAAGAAACAGCGGUUGCACAAGACAAACCUGCUCUCUCUUCCACCGUUAUAGAAGACAUGAACACAACUGACACAUUCUUGAAGGACGAAAUUGAUAAAUAUCACGAUGUCAGACCUAUAGUCACGCAAAAGGUUCUAGAAGAAGAAACCAUCGUACAUGAUAGCAAAUCUGUCACAACCACACAACAAAUUCCAGAAAAGUCGCCGGAAAAGUCGAAAGAGAAACGUGAAAAAGAAGGAAAAGGAGUGUUUGGCAUAUUCGGAAAGAAAGAAAAACCAGUUAAGAGUGAUAUCAAGAAAGAAACAGCGGUUUCACAAGGAAAACCUGCUCUUUCAGCCACCGUUAUAGAAGACAUGAACAAAACUGACACAUUCUUGAAGGACGAAAUUGAUAAAUACCACGAUGUCAGACCUAUAGUCACGCAAAAGGUUCUAGAAGAAGAAAUCAUCGUACACGAUAGCAAAUCCGUCGCAAUCACAGAACAAACUCCAGAGAAGUCGCCGGAAAAGUCGAAAGAGAAACGUGAAAAAGAAGGAAAAGGAGUGUUUGGCAUAUUCGGAAAGAAAGAAAAACCAGUUAGGAGUGAUAUUAAGAAAGAAACAGCGGUUUCACAAGAAAAACCUGCUCUCUUAGCCACCGUUAUAGAAGAUAUGAACAAAACUGACCCAUUCUUGAAGGACGAAAUUGAUAAAUACCACGAUGUCAGACCUAUAGUCACGCAGAAGGUUUUAGAAGAAGAGAUCAUCGUACACGAUAGCAAAUCUGUCGCAACCACAGAACAAACUCCAGAAAAGUCACCGGAAAAGUCGAAAGAGAAACGUGAAAAAGAAGGAAAAGGGGUGUUUGGCAUAUUCGGAAAUAAAGAAAAACCAGUUAAGAUCGAUAUCAAGAAAGAAACAGCGGUUGCACAAGAAAAACCUGCUCUCUCUUCCACCGUUAUAGAAGACAUGAACAAAAUUGACACAUUCUUGAAGGACGAAAUUGAUAAAUACCACGAUGUCAGACCUAUAGUCACGCAAAAGGUUCUAGAAGAAGAAAUCAUCGUACAUGAUAGCAAAUCUGUCACAACCACACAACAAACUCCAGAAAAGUCGCCGGAAAAGUCGAAAGAGAAACGUGAAAAAGAAGGAAAAGGAGUGUUUGGCAUAUUCGGAAAGAAAGAAAAACCAGUUAAGAGUGAUAUCAAGAAAGAAACAGCGGUUUCACAAGGAAAACCUGCUCUCUCAGCCACCGUUAUAGAAGACAUGAACAAAACUGACACAUUCUUGAAGGACGAAAUUGAUAAAUACCACGAUGUCAGACCUAUAGUCACGCAAAAGGUUCUAGAAGAAGAAACCAUCGUACAUGAUAGCAAAUCUGUCACAACCACACAACAAACUCCAGAAAAGUCGCUGGAAAAGUCGAAAGAUAAACGUGAAAAAGAAGGAAAAGGGGUGUUUGGCAUAUUUGGAAAGAAAGAAAAAUCAGAUAAAAGUGAUGUCGAGAAAGAAACAGCGGUUUCACAAGAAAAACCUGCUCUUUCUGCCACCGCUAUAGAAGACAUGAACAAAACUGACACAUUCUUGAAGGACGAAAUUGAUAAAUACCACGAUGUCAGACCUAUAGUCACGCAAAAGGUUUUAGAAGAAGAAUUCAUCGUACACGAUAGCAAAUCCGUCGCAAUCACAGAACAAACUCCAGAGAAGUCGCCGGAAAAGUCGAAAGAGAAACGUGAAAAAGAAGGAAAAGGAGUGUUUGGCAUAUUCGGAAAGAAAGAAAAACCAGUUAGGAGUGAUAUUAAGAAAGAAACAGCGGUUUCACAAGAAAAACCUGCUCUCUUAGCCACCGUUAUAGAAGACAUGAACAAAACUGACACAUUCUUGAAGGACGAAAUUGAUAAAUACCACGAUGUCAGACCUAUAGUCACGCAAAAGGUUCUAGAAGAAGAAAUCGUCGUACAUGAUAGCAAAUCCGUCGCAAUCACAGAACAAACUCCAGAGAAGUCGCCGGAAAAGUCGAAAGAGAAACGUGAAAAAGAAGGAAAAGGAGUGUUUGGCAUAUUCGGAAAGAAAGAAAAACCAGUUAAGAGUGAUAUCAAGAAAGAAACAGCGGUUUCACAAGGAAAACCUGCUCUCUCAGCCACCGUUAUAGAAGACAUGAACAAAACUGACACAUUCUUGAAGGACGAAAUUGAUAAAUACCACGAUGUCAGACCUAUAGUCACGCAAAAGGUUCUAGAAGAAGAAACCAUCGUACAUGAUAGCAAAUCUGUCACAACCACACAACAAACUCCAGAAAAGUCGCUGGAAAAGUCGAAAGAUAAACGUGAAAAAGAAGGAAAAGGGGUGUUUGGCAUAUUUGGAAAGAAAGAAAAAUCAGAUAAAAGUGAUGUCGAGAAAGAAACAGCGGUUUCACAAGAAAAACCUGCUCUCUUAGCCACCGUUAUAGAAGAUAUGAACAAAACUGACACAUUCUUGAAGGACGAAAUUGAUAAAUACCACGAUGUCAGACCUAUAGUCACGCAGAAGGUUUUAGAAGAAGAAAUCAUCGUACACGAUAGCAAAUCUGUCGCAACCACAGAACAAACUCCAGAAAAGUCACCGGAAAAGUCGAAAGAGAAACGUGAAAAAGAAGGAAAAGGGGUGUUUGGCAUAUUCGGAAAUAAAGAAAAACCAGUUAAGAUCGAUAUCAAGAAAGAAACAGCGGUUGCACAAGAAAAACCUGCUCUCUCUUCCACCGUUAUAGAAGACAUGAACAAAAUUGACACAUUCUUGAAGGACGAAAUUGAUAAAUACCACGAUGUCAGACCUAUAGUCACGCAAAAGGUUCUAGAAGGAGAAAUCAUCGUACAUGAUAGCAAAUCUGUCGCAACCACAGAACAAACUCCAGAGAAGUCGCCGGAAAAGUCGAAAGAGAAACGUGAAAAAGAAGGAAAAGGAGUGUUUGGCAUAUUCGGAAAGAAAGAAAAACCAGUUAAGAGUGAUAUCAAGAAAGAAACAGCGGUUUCACAAGAAAAACCUGCUCUCUUAGCCACCGUUAUAGAAGAUAUGAACAAAACUGACACAUUCUUGAAGGACGAAAUUGAUAAAUACCACGAUGUCAGACCUAUAGUCACGCAGAAGGUUUUAGAAGAAGAAAUCAUCGUACACGAUAGCAAAUCUGUCGCAACCACAGAACAAACUCCAGAAAAGUCACCGGAAAAGUCGAAAGAGAAACGUGAAAAAGAAGGAAAAGGGGUGUUUGGCAUAUUCGGAAAUAAAGAAAAACCAGUUAAGAUCGAUAUCAAGAAAGAAACAGCGGUUGCACAAGACAAACCUGCUCUCUCUUCCACCGUUAUAGAAGACAUGAACACAACUGACACAUUCUUGAAGGACGAAAUUGAUAAAUAUCACGAUGUCAGACCUAUAGUCACGCAAAAGGUUCUAGAAGAAGAAACCAUCGUACAUGAUAGCAAAUCUGUCACAACCACACAACAAAUUCCAGAAAAGUCGCCGGAAAAGUCGAAAGAGAAACGUGAAAAAGAAGGAAAAGGAGUGUUUGGCAUAUUCGGAAAGAAAGAAAAACCAGUUAAGAGUGAUAUCAAGAAAGAAACAGCGGUUUCACAAGGAAAACCUGCUCUUUCAGCCACCGUUAUAGAAGACAUGAACAAAACUGACACAUUCUUGAAGGACGAAAUUGAUAAAUACCACGAUGUCAGACCUAUAGUCACGCAAAAGGUUCUAGAAGAAGAAACCAUCGUACAUGAUAGCAAAUCUGUCACAACCACACAACAAACUCCAGAAAAGUCGCUGGAAAAGUCGAAAGAUAAACGUGAAAAAGAAGGAAAAGGGGUGUUUGGCAUAUUUGGAAAGAAAGAAAAAUCAGAUAAAAGUGAUGUCGAGAAAGAAACAGCGGUUUCACAAGAAAAACCUGCUCUUUCUGCCACCGCUAUAGAAGACAUGAACAAAACUGACACAUUCUUGAAGGACGAAAUUGAUAAAUACCACGAUGUCAGACCUAUAGUCACGCAAAAGGUUUUAGAAGAAGAAUUCAUCGUACACGAUAGCAAAUCCGUCGCAAUCACAGAACAAACUCCAGAGAAGUCGCCGGAAAAGUCGAAAGAGAAACGUGAAAAAGAAGGAAAAGGAGUGUUUGGCAUAUUCGGAAAGAAAGAAAAACCAGUUAGGAGUGAUAUUAAGAAAGAAACAGCGGUUUCACAAGAAAAACCUGCUCUCUUAGCCACCGUUAUAGAAGACAUGAACAAAACUGACACAUUCUUGAAGGACGAAAUUGAUAAAUACCACGAUGUCAGACCUAUAGUCACGCAAAAGGUUCUAGAAGAAGAAAUCGUCGUACAUGAUAGCAAAUCCGUCGCAAUCACAGAACAAACUCCAGAGAAGUCGCCGGAAAAGUCGAAAGAGAAACGUGAAAAAGAAGGAAAAGGAGUGUUUGGCAUAUUCGGAAAGAAAGAAAAACCAGUUAAGAGUGAUAUCAAGAAAGAAACAGCGGUUUCACAAGGAAAACCUGCUCUCUCAGCCACCGUUAUAGAAGACAUGAACAAAACUGACACAUUCUUGAAGGACGAAAUUGAUAAAUACCACGAUGUCAGACCUAUAGUCACGCAAAAGGUUCUAGAAGAAGAAACCAUCGUACAUGAUAGCAAAUCUGUCACAACCACACAACAAACUCCAGAAAAGUCGCUGGAAAAGUCGAAAGAGAAACGUGAAAAAGAAGGAAAAGGGGUGUUUGGCAUAUUUGGAAAGAAAGAAAAAUCAGAUAAAAGUGAUGUCGAGAAAGAAACAGCGGUUUCACAAGAAAAACCUGCUCUUUCUGCCACCGCUAUAGAAGACAUGAACAAAACUGACACAUUCUUGAAGGACGAAAUUGAUAAAUACCACGAUGUCAGACCUAUAGUCACGCAGAAGGUUUUAGAAGAAGAAAUCAUCGUACACGAUAGCAAAUCUGUCGCAACCACAGAACAAACUCCAGAAAAGUCACCGGAAAAGUCGAAAGAGAAACGUGAAAAAGAAGGAAAAGGGGUGUUUGGCAUAUUCGGAAAUAAAGAAAAACCAGUUAAGAUCGAUAUCAAGAAAGAAACAGCGGUUGCACAAGAAAAACCUGCUCUCUCUUCCACCGUUAUAGAAGACAUGAACACAACUGACACAUUCUUGAAGGACGAAAUUGAUAAAUACCACGAUGUCAGACCUAUAGUCACGCAAAAGGUUCUAGAAGAAGAAAUCAUCGUACAUGAUAGCAAAUCUGUCACAACCACACAACAAACUCCAGAAAAGUCGCCGGAAAAGUCGAAAGAGAAACGUGAAAAAGAAGGAAAAGGAGUGUUUGGCAUAUUCGGAAAGAAAGAAAAACCAGUUAAGAGUGAUAUCAAGAAAGAAACAGCGGUUUCACAAGGAAAACCUGCUCUUUCAGCCACCGUUAUAGAAGACAUGAACAAAACUGACACAUUCUUGAAGGACGAAAUUGAUAAAUACCACGAUGUCAGACCUAUAGUCACGCAAAAGGUUCUAGAAGGAGAAAUCAUCGUACAUGAUAGCAAAUCUGUCGCAACCACAGAACAAACUCCAGAGAAGUCGCCGGAAAAGUCGAAAGAGAAACGUGAAAAAGAAGGAAAAGGAGUGUUUGGCAUAUUCGGAAAGAAAGAAAAACCAGUUAAGAGUGAUAUCAAGAAAGAAACAGCGGUUUCACAAGAAAAACCUGCUCUCUCAGCCACUGUUAUAGAAGAUAUAAACAAAACUGACACAUUCUUGAAGGACGAAAUUGAUAAAUAUGACGAUGGUAAAAUAUCCUAUUCAAUACAAGCAACAGAAAUAAUUAAAGCGGAGAAGGAUUCUGUAACUGCUGUGGCUGAUCAACCAAUAGAACAAUCCACACAGAUUGACAAAUCUGAAGAUACAGCUCAAAAUGGUUCAGAUAAAUAUUAUAAAAUUCGUCAUAUUUUGGAAAAAGCUGAAAAUCAAACAGUUCAACCUGAUUUUGUAAAACAUGUUACAUUGGAACCUGAAAGAAAACUUGUCACAAUUGAAAGAGAAAUCACAAUAGAAGUAUUCGAUUUGGAAGGUAAGCCUGAAUCUACAGCUAUACUUAAACAACAAUUACCAGGAUCUGAUAGUUUUCUAAAUAAUGAAAUUCAUAAGUACGAUGAUGUUCGACCAAUUGUCCAAAAACCUGAUGUAGAAGCUUCACCCAAAGAAUCAAAAUCAACAGCAGACAAAGUAGGUUUUGGCUUUUUUGGAUUAUUUAAGAAAAAGGGCUCCGAAGAAAAAUCAGAAGUCACAAAAAAUAUACAAGACAACGAAUCUUCAAUAGUUGAAACAGUGAAACAAGAAGUUAAAGAAGAACCUAAAUUAGAAGUUGCCACAAUGGAGAUUCAAGGAGAUAUUUCUAAAACUAAAGAAAUUGAUGAUGGCAACAAAACUGGACUUUUCGGAAUUUUCAAAAACAAGCCAAAAGAUGGAACGACAAAAGUAAAAACAGAUGUUUUUUCAAACGAAGUUCUUGAAAAUAUGAGAGAUUCAGACUCGUUCUUAAAAUAUGAAGUCGAUAAAUAUCAUGAUGUACGUCUCGUAACAGAAAUUGUUGAUUCCGCAGAACCAGUUAUUAGAGAUACUAUCAGUGUCACUGUAGAACAAAAGGAAAUACCAAUCAAUGACGCAGAAAUCAAACAUAUACCAGAAGAAAGAGAAAAAGUUGUUUCUUUAACAAUAACCGAGUGUCAAACUGAUAGAAACGGUUCUACUGAGCUGAAAUUAACCGAAAAUACAGUUAUAGAUUCGGAAACUUCGUCUAAUGUACCUAAGAAACAUAAAAAAGACAGUGGUCUUUUUGGCAUUUUCAAAAAGAAACCACAAGAUCAUAGAGCAGUUACUAGCCCACUACCUUUAUCUGAAAUUGUUAUUAAACACAUGCAAGAUAGUGAUAGAUUUUUAAAAGAUGAAAUAGAAAAAUAUCAAGAUGUUCGCCCAAUUAUUAAAGAAACCAUUACAGGAGUUUCCUCGGUAGAGCAACCAGUUACCAUCAAGGAAACAGAAACACAAACUCCUGGUGGACAAAAAGCUACAGAAAAUCAAGAAGAAAAAAGCGGACUGUUUGGUAUUUUUAAGAAAAAGUCAGGAUCAUUGGAACGAGAUGUUAAAGGAAGUUCAAAAGAUAAAGAAGCAGAAAUCACACCUCUUCAGAAAGAUAAAAGACCAGAAAAAAGAAGUCCUAUAUUUGGUAUUAAAAAACCAAAAAUUGUACUGUCAGAAGAUACUAUGAAAAACAUGUCUAUAACUGAUAGUUUCCUAGAAACAGAAGUAGAAAAUUACUAUGACGCCAAACCAAUUAUUGUGAGAACCGAGUCAGAAGUUGUCGGUAAUGGAGAAAAAAUAACGAAAAAGUCGAAGGAUCAAAGUAAUGACACUGGAAGAGUAGGUAUUUUUGGCAUUUUCAAAAAAAAGACCGAAUCUCUAGAAAGAGAUAAUAAAUUAAUCACCCAAGGUUCACCACUGGAUAUCGAACAUCCCGAAAAACCUCCUAGACAAUUAGUCACAAAAGAUAGAGGGACUGAAGAAGCAGGAUUUCCAUCUCAACCUGAUAUAGAUAUUGAAAAGAAGCCGGAAUUAUCCACAACUUCACAAAAUGAAUUUGAACAUGUCAAUACCUUCUUGCAGACGGAAAUUGAUAAAUAUCAUGAUGUGAAACCAAUUAUUUUGAAAGAAAUCGAAGAACCUUCAACCGCAGCAGUUGUUAUUUCACCUCCUUCAAAAGAAAAAGAUACCAAAAUGAAAGAUGGCAAAGGUUUAUUUGGAAUAUUCAAGAAAAAGUCAGAAUCGGUUGAGAGGGAGAUUAAGCAAGAAGAUUCUAAAGAAAAAUCCGAGAGUAUCGGACCCAUAUCUGUAGUCGAAAAAGAAAAACUACCAUUAUCAGAAAAAACAAAACAAGAAAUUACCGACAGUAACAAAUUUUUACAAACAGAAAUAGAUAAAUAUCAUGAUGUGAGAACCAUUGUUGAAAGAAAGAAAAUGAAAAGCUUGGACGAAUCACUUCCCAAAGAACCUUCUGAUCAACAAACUGAGAUGCCUGUGAAAAAACAAAAAGAUGGGAAAAAAGGGGGCUUAUUUGGUAUCUUCAAGAAGAAGACUAGAUCAUUAGAAAGGGACGUUAAAGGUAUAAACAAAGAUAUAACAGACCAGCAAACUAAAUCUGACGCAACUUCUGUUUUUUAUGAUAUAACUGAUAAACAAGAACCAACCAAAACUGCUACUGAAGUAGUCGAUAGCGAUACAUUCCUUAAAACCGAAGUUGACAAAUAUCAUGAUGCCAAACCAAUUCCACAUAAAGAUAUUUCGUUGUCUGUUGAAAUACCAUCACAGUCAUUAACGACAACAACUGACAAAAUCAAAAGUGAUGCUACAACUAAAAAGUUAUUUGAUCAGUUGAAGGACGAGAGUCCGAAGAGAACAAUAACCACCACCGUCACAAAACAAGAAAUACCUCAUGGAGAACGAACUACAAUAAUCACAAAUGAUCUAGUAACAGGUACUAUUCAAUUACCUACAGAUACUUUAACUGAUAUAGAGAAAUUAGAAGAAGAAAUUAAUACAAAACUGGAUUUGUUAAGGAAAGAAGCAGGUGCUACUGAUGAUGAGGUUAAGAAAGAAACAGUAAUUGAAAAAGCAGGAUUUCCAUCUCAACCUGAUAUAUAUAUUGAAAAGAAGCCGGAAUUAUCCACAACUACACAAAAAGAGUUUGAACAUGUCAACACCUUCUUGCAGACAGAAAUUGAUAAAUAUCAUGAUGUAAAACCAAUUAUUUUAAAAGAAAUUGAAGAACCUUCAAUCGCAGCAGUUGUUACUUCACCUCCUUCAAAAGAAAAAGAUACCAAAAUGAAAGAUGGCAAAGGUUUAUUUGGAAUAUUUAAGAAAAAGUCAGAAUCGGUUGAGAGGGAGAUUAAGCAAGAAGAUUCUAAAGAAAAAUCCGAGAGUAUCGGACCCAUAUCUGUAGUCGAAAAAGAAAAACUACCAUUAUCAGAAAAAACAAAACAAGAAAUUACCGACAGUAACAAAUUUUUACAAACAGAAAUAGAUAAAUAUCAUGAUGUGAGAACCAUUGUUGAAAGAAAGAAAAUGAAAAGCUUGGACGAAUCACUUCCCAAAGAACCUUCUGAUCAACAAACUGAGAUGCCUGUGAAAAAACAAAAAGAUGGGAAAAAAGGGGGCUUAUUUGGUAUCUUCAAGAAGAAGACUAGAUCAUUAGAAAGGGACGUUAAAGGUAUAAACAAAGAUAUAGCAGACCAGCAAACUAAAUCUGACGCAACUUCUGUUUUUUAUGAUAUAACUGAUAAACAAGAACCAACCAAAACUGCUACUGAAGUAGUCGAUAGCGAUACAUUCCUUAAAACCGAAGUUGACAAAUAUCAUGAUGCCAAACCAAUUCCACAUAAAGAUAUUUCGUUGUCUGUUGAAAUACCAUCACAGUCAUUAACGACAACAACUGACAAAAUCAAAAGUGAUGCUACAACUAAAAAGUUAUUUGAUCAGUUGAAGGACGAGAGUCCGAAGAGAACAAUAACCACCACCGUCACAAAACAAGAAAUACCUCAUGGAGAACGAACUACAAUAAUCACAAAUGAUCUAGUAACAGGUACUAUUCAAUUACCUACAGAUACUUUAACUGAUAUAGAGAAAUUAGAAGAAGAAAUUAAUACAAAACUGGAUUUGUUAAGGAAAGAAGCAGGUGCUACUGAUGAUGAGGUUAAGAAAGAAACAGUAAUUGAAAAAGCAGGAUUUCCAUCUCAACCUGAUAUAUAUAUUGAAAAGAAGCCGGAAUUAUCCACAACUACACAAAAAGAGUUUGAACAUGUCAACACCUUCUUGCAGACAGAAAUUGAUAAAUAUCAUGAUGUAAAACCAAUUAUUUUAAAAGAAAUUGAAGAACCUUCAAUCGCAGCAGUUGUUACUUCACCUCCUUCAAAAGAAAAAGAUACCAAAAUGAAAGAUGGCAAAGGUUUAUUUGGAAUAUUUAAGAAAAAGUCAGAAUCGGUUGAGAGGGAGAUUAAGCAAGAAGAUUCUAAAGAAAAAUCCGAGAGUAUCGGACCCAUAUCUGUAGUCGAAAAAGAAAAACUACCAUUAUCAGAAAAAACAAAACAAGAAAUUACCGACAGUAACAAAUUUUUACAAACAGAAAUAGAUAAAUAUCAUGAUGUGAGAACCAUUGUUGAAAGAAAGAAAAUGAAAAGCUUGGACGAAUCACUUCCCAAAGAACCUUCUGAUCAACAAACUGAGAUGCCUGUGAAAAAACAAAAAGAUGGGAAAAAAGGGGGCUUAUUUGGUAUCUUCAAGAAGAAGACUAGAUCAUUAGAAAGGGACGUUAAAGGUAUAAACAAAGAUAUAGCAGACCAGCAAACUAAAUCUGACGCAACUUCUGUUUUUUAUGAUAUAACUGAUAAACAAGAACCAACCAAAACUGCUACUGAAGUAGUCGAUAGCGAUACAUUCCUUAAAACCGAAGUUGACAAAUAUCAUGAUGCCAAACCAGUUCCACAUAAAGAUAUUUCGUUGUCUGUUGAAAUACCAACACAGUCAUUAACGACAACAACUGACAAAAUCGAAAGUGAUCCUACAACUAAAAAGUUAUUUGAUCAGUUGAAGGACGAGAGUCCGAAGAGAACAAUAACCACCACCGUCACAAAACAAGAAAUACCUCAUGGAGAACGAACUACAAUAAUCACAAAUGAUCUAGUAACAGGUACUAUUCAAUUACCUACAGAUACUUUAACUGAUAUAGAGAAAUUAGAAGAAGAAAUUAAUACAAAACUGGAUUUGUUAAGGAAAGAAGCAGGUGCUACUGAUGAUGAGGUUAAGAAAGAAACAGUGAUUGAAAAAGCAGGAUUUUCAUCUCAACCUGAUAUAGAUAUUGAAAAGAUGCCGGAAUUAUCCACAACUACACAAAAAGAGUUUGAACAUGUCAAUACCUUCUUGCAGACAGAAAUUGAUAAAUAUCAUGAUGUAAAACCAAUUAUUUUGAAAGAAAUUGAAGAUCCUUCAAUCGCAGCAGUUGUUACUUCACCUCCUUCAAAAGAAAAAGAUACCAAAAUGAAAGAUGGUAAAGGUUUAUUUGGAAUAUUUAAGAAAAAGUCAGAAUCGGUUGAGAGGGAGAUUAAGCAAGAAUCUUCUGAAGAAAAAUCCGAGAGUAUCGGACCCAUAUCUGUAGUCGAAAAAGAAAAACUACCCUCAUCAGAAAAAACAGAGCUAGACAUUACUGACAACUUUCUACAAACUAGAGGAAAGGUACCUGAUGAACCAAAAGCUAGUAAGGAAAAAGACAAAAAAGAUAAAAAAUCUAGUCUUUUCGGUAUCUUUAAAAAAACAGAUUCGGAAGUCCAAACACCCGUAAAAGAUUCAACAGAACUAUCUGUUGAAGAGAGUGAAAUUGUAGAUACAUUUUCAACAUCUGAAAUAGAUCGCUACCACCAAAUUCGACCAAUUGGCGAACAACCAGAAGAAACAAAAGUGAAAUUCAAGGAGCCCCUCAUUACAGAAAUACCUCCUCCGAAAGUAGCAAAAACUCCAGAGCCAAAAUUAAUUAAAACAUCUCACAUAACUCACGAAAUAUAUACUACAGAAACGCAGCAUAAUAAGUUGGAAGACGUCGAAAAAGGAAAAAGUGAUGUCGAAUCAUGUCUCCCACUUGGAGCUAACAUAGAUCAAAUACCUGUCGAUAACAAAUCAUUUGAAGAAACAAUUCCUAAAGAAAAUCUUACUUACCGAGAAAGUAUCACUGCGGCUAUGAAAGAUACUGACAAUUUUUUGAAGCAAGAGGUUGCAAAAUUCCACGAUGUACGACCUCAGUUUACGUCAACUUCAAAACGGAAGUUACCUAUGGAUUCUGUAACUAAAGAGAGCAAAGGGUCAUUCGGUAUUUUCACUAAAAAGAAAUCAGAGGAGCGAGAAGAUGAAUCAAAAGCAGAAAAAUUAGAACAAGGAAAACACAGAACCGAAGAUAUCAAAUCAAUUAACGAUUCUGAUAAAUUCUUAAGAAAAGAAAUUGAAAUAUAUCACGACGUUCGUACUCAAGAGAGAGUACCAAGUGCACCGGAAGAAAAAGAAAUUGAUACAACUUAUAAGAGCGAUGUUAAAGCUAGUCCUUCAAAAAUAACUAAAACGGAACCAGGAGGAACAAAACAAAUAGUCAUAACAGAAAAACAUUUUGUUAAAGAAGGAGGAUAUUUAAGUGAAGUAUUCGUUGAAGAAAAAACAGAAAAAAAAAGUUAUUCAUACGUGGAAGCUGAUGAUAUAAAUAAAAAUUUAAAUCAAACCUCAAAUUUCCUCAAUACCGAACUUGACAAAUACGAGGAUAAUUCAAGUGGUAAAAGAGAAAAGUCCAAAAAGAAACCAGAUGCAGAUGUUCAACCACAAUUUUCUAGAGAAGUAAUAGCGAAUAUGAUAGCUUCAAGUGACUUUUUGAGAGAAGAGCUUGCAAAUUAUCAUGAUGUCAAACAAAAUUACAAACAAGAAGAACCACCUGUAAAGGAAAAGACCAAAUUAUUCGGAGGACUAUUUUCUAAAAAGAAAUCAUCCGAAAAAGAUUCUGAACCAAAAUCUGGUGAAGAACUACAAUCCAAAAUAAAAAGUAAAAAGAAAACGAAGAAAGGAAAAGACGAGACAGCUAAACCUGAAAGCAAAGAUUUCUCUAAGAUAGAAACCGACCGCUAUCAGGAAGGUAAAAAAUCAAAAGAAGAGAGUAGUAGUUUCUUUGGUCUGUUUUCAAAGAAAACUAAACCUCAAGAACAAGACAAGAACGUUGAUGAACAAUUAACACAACAGCUGUCAUCUGAAGUCAUUCAACAUAUGAAAGACAGUUCUAAUUUUCUAAACACAGAAAUCGAGUUGUACCAUGAUGUUCGCCCAGAUUUUGUUGAUAACUUUCAGCCUGUCACUUUAUCACCUAUAAAUAUACCUGAUACAUCAUUUGUUUUAAAACAAGAAGCUUCUCAAAACGACGCUCCCCUGAAAACAGGACGCCAUACCAGGCAAGAAGGAUAUCAAAAAAUUGCCGAAUCUUUUACCACUCCUACAGUUGAAAUAAUUAAAGACGAAAGUCCAAAACGAACAGUUACCACGUAUAUAACAAACGAGGGAAUACCUAGAGGAGAAAGAACUACAAAAGUAAAAACUGAGGUUAUAACCGGUACUAUUCAGUUAUCACCAGAAAUACUAGACGAUAUUGAAAAAUUGGAAAAAGAAAUAAAUACGAAACUAAACGAACUCCGACAACAAACUGAUCCUACUGAAGAUAUUAUCGAACAACCUUCUAAGCUCAGUGAAAAGUCAACGGAAAUAACACCUCAGUCUCUUCAAAAACAAAAAGUUGUUUCAGAUGCUCAAGUUAAAAAGUCAGAAAUACCAGACAGUCCACUUCCUGGAAAAAUAACUGAAUUAUCUUUCGAUCAACCUCCCAAAACAGAACAGAAAUUAAACGAACAAAUAUUAAAACAAAUGCAAGAUAGUCAUAGUUUUCUCCUAACUGAGCUAGAGAAUUAUGACAAUGGAAAAACAGUGAUGGUGACUGAUCUUGAUGAAGACCCUAAAGUUAAAUCUUCAGGUUUGUUCGGAAUUUUUAGUAAAAAAAGUGAAAGUCCAAAAAUCACUAAGAGAAGGUUGAAAAAGGGAAAAGAAAAACAAAUAGAUGAAAGUGAUAAAGUAGGUAUUUUAGAUAAAAUAGGACGUAAAUUGACUGGUGGGAAAUAUGACGUAGAAGAAGCAUCAAAAAGUAUGAGCGAUAAUGCUACGAGUGAAGUAUUAAGAAAAACAGAUGAUAUUUCAGAUUCAACUUCUGCAAGCGUUUCUAAGCAUAUCGAUUAUGUAAAAGAAAGUUCUAGAAGAGAACACGAAUCAAUAAUUACAAAAAUAAUAGAAGGUACAGCUCAAACCGACCAAGUUCGUGAGUCUGCGAAAGAUAACGUUAAAAGAGCAGAACAAUCAAUUACUGAUACCAGCAGUACUUUUAAAGAAGUGAAUAAAGAAAAAUCAGUGAUCGAGGAUGCUGCAGCAACAGUUCAGCAAACGGAAGAUAAAACUAGAGAUGCUAUAAAAGAAGGAAAAGUUACCGCAGAUAAAGCUGGUAAAAAAGCAACUGGCUUUUUCAAUAAAAUAUCUGGAAAAAGUGAGGAAAGCGAUACCAAAAAAGAUAAAAAGAGCAAGAAAUCUAGUGGUAUAUUAUCUAAAUUAGGAGGAAAGGGCAAAGUUUCGUUUGAAUACCCAGAAGCAACUAUUAUAGAUGAAAAAAUAAUUUCUACUGAUACUGAUUCAAACAUAACAGAUGAUAUAACAAAAACGACACAUUCCACCCAAGAAAUAGUGAAAUCAGAAACUUUUACUGAAGACUUACUAAAAAGUUUCGACGAAAAACUUGAGCACGUAAAAGAAGACAGAGAUAUAAAAGAAUCCGCUGCCGGGGGCAUUAAAGAAUUUGAAACGAGAACUGAAAAUAUCAAAAAAGGUGUAUCAGAAAUGACUCGAAAACAAGAGGAGAAAGCCAAAGUGAUAACAAUUCCAGAAAAAAAUGUUGACUCUUUUGAAAAGAAAAUUGAUGAAAAAUUUAGCGAGACCAUGAAAUUAUCUAAAGAACUUAUCAAAAGACAUGAUGAAACUGCGAAAAAACCUACUUCGCCUUCACAAAAUUUAUUAGAAAGCCAAAGGAAGAGAAUAGAAACAGAUGUUAGUCUUUUGGAAGACGAUAUCAAUAAAAAAAGUAAAGAAAUAAAAGAGCAGCUUAGUGAUGAAAUUAUUUAUGUUCAAAAAGCUAUAAAAAUAGAAAAAAGCAAAUUGGGUGAAAUGGGAAAAGAUGUGGGGAAGAAAAUUGGCAAAAACGUCGAAAUAGGUAUAGCUUCAACAGUUCAGAAUGUAGAAAAUGCUGCGAAAAUCUCAAAAUCUCCUGAACAGUCUUCUUCCAAAGAAAUCGUCGAACAAAUAGAUGAUUCAGUCAAUGUCAUUCAUAAAGAGCUAGAAAAUUUACCAACAACUAAAACAGAUAUUGAAGAAAUUAUUAAAGCAGCUGAUAGAAACGUAGAAACUAAAACAUCUACAAUUGAACGAGAAGCUUCGAAAUUGAUAGAAUCCACUAAAGCUGAUAUUGAAGGUGCUAGUGAUGUUACUAGUUUUUUUAAUAAACUCGAAGAAAAAAUGGCAGAAAAAAGAAAGAAGAAAGCUGUUGACAUAGAUGAAUCGAUUGAUAAUAAGAUAUCCGAUGAUUUUAAUGCAAAAGUCCAAUCUGCAACGAAUGUAACAAUAACGAGUGAGAAAGAAGAUCCAUCGAAAAAAUUAACUGAGAGACCAGAAAAAUUUGGAAGUGCAGAUAAAUACAAUAUUGGAUAUUUUCAACAAAUUCCACCACUAAAGUCAGACAUUCGACAAGAAACCAUGACUUUUCUUGAAUCUGAAUGUCAAAGAACCGAUGAUCCAGGAAUGAGUCGGGCAGUAUCUGAUUAUGGUUCCCAAAUAAAAACUGGCGUUAAAGAUCGUACUAGGAACAUCUCAGAAGCUAAUAUUGACCUUUCCAAUUUAUCUCAAGAACAUGAAGGGGCGACAAUUUCGUAUGUAAUGACACCGAGUUUUAAAGAACGCAUUGUAUCUACGAGACUAACCCAAAUCGGUAAACCUCAAGUGAUAGAAAUAACAUACGAUUCUUCUUUAGAUAGCAGUAGUGACAAUUCAUAUAUAGUAACUGAACCAGAUGAUGAGUUGCCAACGAAAACACCUCUUUUUCAAAUGGAAUCGGGGAGUUUUUCAAGAUCUGGACUUGCUACAAGUUCUAAUAUAUUAGAAACAUCUAGUGAAAGUAAAAUCAUACUUAGUGACUCAGCUAAACCUAUAGAUAUCGUAUUAAAACAAGAAGAAGAACGGUUAAAAGAACAUAAAAAAGAAUCAGAAGCAGAAGUGGAUAUAAUAGAAAAAAAAUUGCGUGACUUAGAUAGAGCUUUAGAUUCAUUAGAGAAAGUAGAAAUAGAAAUCGAUGAUAAAAUUGACAAAAAAACAGAAAAGAAACUACGACGAGUAGAACGUAAAUUCGAUAGAAUGGCAUCCGAAGUUUUGGAUACCGAUACAAAAGAAGGAAAAAAAGUACAAUUGACCAGUCCGGAAAUAGAAAUAAAACGCGAAAGUGACUACCAAACAUUAAUAUCGCAGCUAAGCAUCGAAGAUCUCAGUGACUUUCAAAAAGAAUACAGCCACUUGUGGGACGAACACACUUUCUCAAAAAGCAGUGACCGAGAGUCAAAAACGCCGGACAGCCAAGCAGACGCGCAAGAGCUUCCACAAGGUGAAAUAGUUUACAUGGGCCCUGUCAAUUUAAAUAAAGAUCACACAAUAAACAAAGCAGGUGUCGAAGUAGAUGUAAUUCCAAUUAUGCGAUCUCCUUGUGCAUCUCCUAAACCGAGAAAAAAAAAUCCAACAACACGCUCAAAAUCAGCGAUGAGUUACUAUAGAAACGAAAGACUGAAAAAUGACGAGAGUGGUAGCUUACCAAAUUUAAAAUCUUCAUCUUUGAAAAGCUCCCUAGUUGACCUAGUGAUACAGAUGGAUCCGAAAAAAUUCACAAGUACGCAGUCGUUGAUUAGCGGCGAAAGUGGAAUCAGAUCUAAGGAAAGUACAGAAUCUCUUCCAAAAGGAACAAUAAUGAAAGCUGUAGUUAAUUGGUUGGAAAAAUCGAGUCCUUUCAGUUCAAUUGAAAACCUCGAUAGAAGUAUACCCGAUCUAAUGGAAACAAGUUGUUCUUUGAUUGACGACGAACUAGAAUCUACAGACGAAAGAUCCGUGUCGAAAUCAGAUUGUAUAAUACCCGAUAUAAACAUAUUUUGUGAAGACGAUUUAGACCAAGGUGCCGAUGGUACGGCAACUUCCCCUUCUACUAAAGACACUGCAGCUCCAUCUACAAGUCGACCCCAAGUAACCCGUAGAAGACCUCUGCGUUAUGAGAUCAGUGUCGAAGACCAAACUGAGGUGGAUCCUAGGGAACAUGAUUGGCGUUUUAAUUUACCCAAACAUGCCGAAGGAGAAGAAGGAGCGGAAAAAGAGGAAACGGAACAUGAAAGAAGAAUAGCUGAUCAACAUCAACUUUCGGAAGAAAUGAAGCAGCUCUUAAAAGAACUUGAAAAGGAAACAAAGCAAUAAAGAAGUCAAAUCAAAAUAUAAAAUUAAUAAUAUUGACAUAUCCCUAUAUCUUCGUAAAAAUUCCAGAUGUGACAACUAAAUGUUACUAUUUGACAAAAAAAUCUUGCAUUUCAACUUAUGCUUUAAGCUUGCUUAUUUAUGUUUAUUGAACUUAUUGUGGAAUACGACAUUUGGUCCAUUUUAGCACCUUUCCUGUCGGAAAUAUGCCGUUUGGUCCAUUUUAUAGCACUUUCCCACUUGGAGAGAAAGCCGUUUCCAAAAAAUUACCACUAAAUUAAAAUCUAGUAUUUACUGAAAUUUGAUGCUAUAUAUAUUUUUAAAAGCAAUGUAUAUUUCAAUUAUUAUUUAUGUAACGAAAUUCUUCAGAAUUGAAGCUCGUAAAUAUUUUUGCCUGCUAGAAUUUUACAACUCAAAGUUUUAAAAAAAAGAACAAUUUUGAAGGAUUUUUGAGAAACGACGUACUUAUAGAAAGAAGUAAAUAACACUAACUUACAAUAAUUUUGAGAGUAUUAUUAUGCUGAAUAAUUUGUUUCUGUUAUAGCUGUUAUUUUUAUAUAUGUGUAUAUUACUUUAUUGUAAGUUGAGGUUACGUGUUUGUAUAAAAAUGAACGAAAGCAAGAAUGACCAUUUUUUAGAUUUAAUAAUGUUAUUUAGCUUUUACGAUUAAUGUUUUUCGUAUUGUGACUUUUCUUCAGUUUCUUUUUAUAUUUAAAAAUGUUUACAGGUUUGUGGUUUCUCCUGGCGAAAUUAAAUUAGAGAAACUGAUCAAAAGACACUGAUUUCAACGUUAUUUAAUUUCAAUUCAAUGUGAAAUACCUGAAUAUUUAACCUGUGUAUCAGAAAUAAAGCUUUCAAUAUAUAAAUUCGCUUUUUCAUUAUACCAUUCCUCUAAGUAUGCUGAUGACAUCGCACUGAUAGCAUGAAACGCAGCAUAUUGUUACGAACUCAUCUCCGCCCUGGAGCCGGUCCUGUUUAGAUAUAGUAAAAUUCGGCGAAGGUGCCGCCUUUGAUAAAAUACCCGGAAUUCGUUUGAUCUUUGUUUUUAUAGCAGGCGGUUUAUUUACACUGUUUCUUUUAAAUAAUUUGUAGGAAGGUUUAUGUAUAUAUUCGUUUUGUUUCUUUAUUUCCUAAUAAAAUUCUAUUGUAUAUAUAAGAAGUUAAUGUAGCCCAGCUUAGAUUAUAUU